GUGUGUGUGUGUGUCUGUGCGCGCAUGUGUGAGUGAGGGGGUGUGUAUCGUUCUUGUCCUCCUCUUAGUCAGAAGCUCAGAGACAGCUGACGGUGAAACAUCAACUCCAGCAGAGAGAAAACAGGAAAAAAGACAGAAAGAAAGAAAUCAGGUAGAAAAUCUGCAGCAGGACUCAGUAAGGUAUUCUCAUUAGCCGUUAGAUUAAUGCAUCAUUAAAGGCUAGUGUCUUAACGCUUCCUCACUGGUCAGUGUCUCACCACUAACACUGUUCUCCAAGGUAACCCAUCACGUCUUGGUGAAAUGGUCAUUCCCUCAGCAUUCGUCUUUGCCUACUGGGCAAGCUUUCUGCUGGAGUUCGGCUGGUGCAGAGACGGGGUGUGUCUUCAGGAUGGACGUCACAAACCCAUGCCCAGUCCAGAGCCCAGUCUUAGAGAAUGCAUGCUGUACAAGGAGAACGCUUGCUGCUCAGAGCAGGACAUUGAGGAUCUCACUGCUCCGACUGACAGUGUACCGUGGGACCGGUGUGGCUCUCUGAGUCCAGUCUGUGAAGGGUUCCUAAAGAGAGUCAUCUGUUUUUAUCGCUGUUCUCCCAAUGCCACAUACUGGCCACACCCUCAGCAUGGCUCCUCCCUCAGGGCGGUGCCUCUGUGUCACAGCUUCUGCAGAGACUGGUAUGAAGUUUGUAAGUCAGACCUCACGUGUGCUCGAGACUGGACCAGCGAUCCCAGAGGACUGAACUGCACCGGCAGCUGCAUACCUUAUCAACAGAUGUACCAGCAUGGCCGAGAUCUCUGCGAGAGCUUCUGGGGCGAUGCCUUUAUGAUGGUGGAGGAUGAAACCGUGGAGGUCAAAGGUCACGGAUGUGGAUGUCUGAACCUUGACGCCUCAGACCGAGAGGUCAUAGCUGCUCUGAGGAUGCAGAAGGAUGACCCGGACGAAAUGGACACCACCAAACACCACGGACGCACCCUGUGCGCUCACAGAGCAGCCUCGGCACCACAGCACAGGAACCAUGACAAGUCAUUGUUACACAAGCGCUCGGCUCCAUCCGAACACGACCCGGAGGGCAGUGGCAGCGGCUUCUAGGAUCUUUGGAAAGUUGUAGAUCAUGAAUCAGGGUGCAUUGGUCAGAUGUUCUGGACGAUCUAGCGUCCAGUUCUGGGAGCACAGAAUCUAACAUAACGUCUCAUGCUAGUUUGUUCUAGAGCACUGUUACUUCAUACACCUGUGUUUUAGGUCAUGUGUCCAGAUUUCCACACAGCAUUUCAUUUCAGUGGUAUUCACAUCUUCACACCAUCUACACACACUUACAGCAGUAUCUAUGCUAUAUGUACAAAUGUAUGUGCACCCCUGACCAUCACAACUAUAUGUGGGUCUUCCCUAAACUAUUGUCUGAGGCUGUAGCUUUACAAUUUCCUCUCAAUGGAGCUAAAAGGCUCAAACCCUGCUCUAGCAUGACCAUGUCUCUGUACACAAAGCUCCUGAGCUCCAUGAAGACAUGGUGUGGAGGUGAAGGUUGAUGAAGGUGGAAGAUCUGGAGUGUCCAGCACAGAGCCCUGACUCUGACUCAACCCCCACUGGGAUGAAGUGGAACUGGAGUCUCAUCAACAUCCCAACAUCAGAGACUGAUCUCACUGAUGAUCUUGUAACUGAUUGAACACAAAUCCACACAGACACACUGCAACAUCUAGUUAUUAUCAUAAAAGCAAACAGGGGAAUAAAUCUGGAAUGAGAUAUGGGUGUGAUGGUGGGGGGUGCACAUACUUUUGGCUAUGUAGAGUGUUUAUAUUACACAUAAGUACACACUAGGAUACGUCUACUGCUUCUUGGUUCUCCAGGUGAAACACAGCUAGCUCAUAAUGUACCUGAGACCAGAUGAUGUUUGUGUUUGUUUUCCAAUGAAACUCUACUGUCUAUCCAUCAAGGUGCCAAAAUCAGGCACCUGACCAAAUGAUAUCGAUUAAAUAAAGUUACUCAGCAAUUUAAUUGACAGAAAAAGAAUAAAAGUGAAGAGACAGUGAA